GUCCGUCUCAGUAAUACUUCCGUCUGAAGAUGGCGGAGUAUGCCAAUAUCGUCCGAAGGGCUUUGGGGCAAAUAGGAGGUCAUGGUGGCGUUCGGGGUUUUUUACUUCAGUUGUUCAGAGUGAAUGACGUGAAAACAGGCACUUUGAUCGGUGCAGAUAAAUAUGGAAACAAAUACUAUGAGGACAAGAAGCACUACUUCUUUGGUCGUCACCGUUGGGUAAUUUACACCACAGAGAUGAAUGGAAAAAGGACGUUGUGGGAGGUGGACGGCAGCAUGGUGCCAGCUGAAUGGCAUCGCUGGCUGCACUGUAUGACAGAUGAUCCUCCCACUACACAUCCUCCAGAGCUGAAGAAGUUUUUAGCUGAGGUCCACCAGUUCAAUGUCAGUGGCACACCAGAGCAGUAUGUGCCCUACUCCACUACCCGCAAGAAGAUUCACGAAUGGGUUCCCCCUAAAGCUGGUUCCCAGUGAACCUCUUUUAUUUUCCAUGCUGUAAAUUAUGGUUUUUCCCCUGUACCUAACAUGCCCCAAAUAAAAUGUCUAUACAGA